AUGAAUGUCGAUCUACUGUAUCUUCCAACUACUGUCAGUUCUCGGGAUGUUACGAAAGAGCUUUCGAAGGUCCUUCAUUCGCCAGAAUUUCAUCGAAUCGAUAAUGGGCGCCUUUUCAACUUCAAGGUGAUAUUGAACUUGAACGAAAAAAUGGGCGUGCGCAAUAAUGGAACGGGCAUGGUACAGCUUCCAACAAAGGAGAUCGGAAACAAAUUCUACAAUUGGGCAAAGGCGACACCCAUACGGAUACAGGGAAAGAAGAUUAGGGUGGGCCGGAUACGUGAUUUAGCUCCCGAGGAUGCUUGGGCCUUGCAACGAACACCUUUCAUCGACCCGGCGCUCGAUGAUGAGUAUGAAGACAAGUGCCGACAGUUGCAGGGUCAAAUUAGGGUGGAUGCCGUUCAGUUUGGCGUACUUCAUUAUCCAUCAUACCCAACAUCAUCACCUAAUUCGCCGGCGGCACUGCGCGAGUAUUCCGUCGAGUGGGAAAGCGAAUGCACUGCAUGGUUGACUUUUGAAUAUGCGUACAAGGCGAUUCAUAUAACUCUUGGGGACGAGAUGAAGGAAUCCAUCUGCAAGUCCAUAACUCUCAGCUUCUCCAACAUCAACAAACUAGCUGUCGGUUAUGACGGGAUGCCUUACAUUUGUUUUGAUACGUUUACUCCGCCGGUUUUCGAAACUUUUGGGUUUCAUAGAUCAUUGACCGGCGAUGAAAAGAGGGAUCGCAAAAGGUACAAGCAUCGUAUUAGCUCCCUUGAUCCAAGACAUGCCUUGGUCGCGCAAUACGCCCAUAAACUGCGAUUGCUUCUCUAUCCAGCUCCCGGCAUUGUUGAGCGCUUUGUCGAGCUUUGCGGAAUAGCAGGAAUCUCACCGUCUCGCAUCGUUCGUUUCAUGCCUCCGAGCCAUCUGCGCAUGGAAGCUUCUAGGCGAUGUUUCUUCGAACAAAAGAAAGUAUGGAGACUGCGAAAACAGAUCGUAGAGUUCAGUUGGCCUGUCGCCUUUCAACUGGAACUCUUGUUACACAACUGUUUACUUCAUACAGAGGAUUUAGACCACUUGAUUCCUCUUGUCAAAGAGACUUGUCUUCGGCGCCCAAGCAAAGACGAUGUUCUCACGGGUAAUCUGCUGCGAAGCUACUCAGAGGCACUCAGCAAUCGUAGUCCUCGUGAGUCGCCUCGAGCCUGCUUCCUUCGCGUCAGACAGCAUUUCACUUUCAAGCAGCAGAAGCUGUCUGCAGGCUAUUUCUUGUGCUGUCAUAUCACCGUCGCUCCGACCCGUAUGAUCCUGGAAGGACCCUAUCACACCCAAUCCAAUCGCAUUAUUCGCAGAUACCCCGGAUUCGAGGAUCAUUUCAUUCGCGUCGAGUUUCGCGACGAAAACAGACUUCCAUACCGGUGGAAUCAAGCUGUAGACAUCACACCAUUUCUCCUUGAGCGGAUAGGCGGGAUCUUGAGGGAAGGGUUCGAGCUUGCGGGACGAAAGUUCGAGUUCUUGGCCUACUCGAGUUCUGCAUUGAAGGAACACUCAGUGUGGUUUAUUAAUCCAUUCGAAUACCAGCAUCCCAACACCAAACAGAUGGCCUGGAUCACAGCCGACAGUAUUCGUAAUACCAUUGGAGAUUUCAAAAGCAAACCGAUCAUGACCAUGCCAUCCAAAUGGGCGGCAAGACUUGGUCAAGCCUUUACUUCGACAAAUCCCUCAGUCACCAUUCGAAGGGAUCAGUGGACUGUAGUGGAGGAUUUGGGUUUGAAGCCAUAUCUGCAUACGGAUGGCGCGGGUACCAUAUCAGAGUCUUUGGGUGAUGAGAUCUGGGAGCGCCUGUGUGAGGGUCGUCGAGAUCACGGAGAAAAUAUGAUUAAACCAUCGGCGUAUCAAAUUCGCUUUUUAGGUUAUAAAGGUGUCGUUGCGGUGGACCCGAGACUCGAUGAUAAUCCCAUUAGGAUGCGACUGAGGCCUAGCAUGGGGAAGUUCGAGAAUUCACAAGCAACGGAAGCGAACAUCGAGAUCGCAAGCUAUUUCAACAAGCCUAUGCGAUCGUAUCUCAAUAGGCAAUUAGUCGUGAUUUUAGAGGACAAACUUGUAAGAAGGGAGGUGUUCCAGGAACUUCAAGAUGACGCAGUAGCCAAAGCUUUAACCAUCAACGACUCAAUGCAACAGUUCUCCAACAUCUUGGAAGAGCAUUCCUUAGGCAACGUCUACCGGUUGUCUUAUAUCAUUUCCCGACUCUCGGCCCUCCGCUUGGAUAUCGCUACCCCCGGGAUCGAUACGCCAUUCCUAAAGGAGUUGCGGGAAGUAGGAAAGAUACAUGUUUUACAAGACAUCAAGUAUAGGGCCAGAAUUCUGGUUCCUGAUAGUUAUCAACUUAUCGGUGUGCCAGAUGAGGGUCCUGCCUAUGUGAAGGCGGGAUGUAAGAACGUGUUCACUCUCAAGAAACGUAACAUAUACGCUUGUAUACAACGCCCCGGCGAAAAGCCUGAGUGGUUUGAGGGCGGGUGUACAGUCUAUCGAAAUCCUCUGACACAUCCUGGGGAUGUUCAGCAAGUGAUAGCUGUAAAACCCCCCGAGAAUAUGUUUUGUGCGUUCGCACAUCUUCGAAACGUCAUGGUUUUCCCAACCGUUGGUGAUCGAUCCUUUCCCUCGAUGUUGGGCGGCGGUGACUUGGACGGUGAUACAUUUAUCAUCAUCCCAAAUGUCAAUUUACAGCCUUCAAGAGUAGAUCCUCCUGCGUCGUAUCCUCCAGGAGAGGAGUACCGAGCUCGGCAUGAUGAUGGAUCACUGAGAGAAUGCGACGUCGAUGAUAUCAUCAAGUUUGUUGUGGAGUAUAUCGAAUUCGACGUUUUGGGCGUCUUGUCUGGUAGACUGAUUAGAAUAGCAGGCAUUUACCACAAGGACUGUGAAACGCUUGCGGCGCUUUGUUCUCAGGCCGUGGAUUAUCCCAAACAAGGAGUGCGUGUAGAGCUCAGAGGUGCUCCCGAUAGGCCCAAGAAACCUGACUGGCAGGCUGGUGAAGCCAUUGAUCCUCGGGUAACGGAUUACUACGAGUCGCAGAGGGCCCUGGGAUUCAUGUACCGCUCUAUUAGCUGGAAAAAUCCGGAGAAACGUCCCGCGUAUACUGCCGAUUCAGACUCUCCUUCCCUCUCAACAGACGCAUUAUCCUUAAAACUUACACCAUCCAUCGAGCAACAUCUCUUCCCGUACACCCCUCCUGAUGGAUCAUCCCACGAAAUCACGACUCUCUUCCACCAAUAUGCCGAUGAACUCCGAUACAUCUGCACCACCCAAGCUCUUGCAAAUACAAAGAUUUCAGAAGCGGAAGUCGUGGUGGGCACGAUGUUAGGUGCACAGGAUAAAGCGAGGAGAGAUCGGAUUUGGCGAAUGAUCGAUCAAGCUUCGCAGGCGGUGAGAGACGUGCGGCAGGGGCUUUUGCCUUAUGAGGAAGAGAAGAUUGUUACGAAAGAGAUGUUCAGGGCAGGCCUGAAGCGUGCAUGGUGCGCUUGGGACUUUAGUUUACGCCAUUCCAGAGAGUUUGGUGCUCUGAGCUUCGGACUGGUCGCUUUGCGGCAGGUUUUUGAGUGUCUGGAGGGGCUCGACGGUGAUGGGCAUAUGAUCCCAACAGAAAGUUACGAGCCUUGAAGAUGACCCGUCUCUCAAAUACAUACACCAUAAGCUUCGGUGCGGGUAGCUGUAUGACGUGGAAUUUCAUAUAACAUCACUAUAGUGGCCUUGGGUUUUCGAACAGCAAUGGAAGGUAUCUAAGAUAUUCAUUGUCUUAGUGCGAUUGCAACGACAUAGAUAAAUAGCAGUAAAACUGGACAUGAACAGUCGGUAGGUAAGAAGAAAUGUUGAAAGUAUGUACUUUUGAUAUGAAUUUCCGGAACCAUAUGUAUGCUAUGUUAUGUACAGCAAC